AUGGAAGGUGUCAACCUGCUCUCGUCAUCAUCAACAGCUGCAAUCACAUGGCCGUCGGUAGGCGGCGGUUUCGCCUCCGGCGCAAUCGACCUCGGCGGCGGCCUCCACGUCUUCCAAACCGCCUCCUUCGACCAAAUCUGGUCCACCCAGCAGGGCGGACCGGACGAUUUGGGCGCCUCCUUCUUCGAACCCACCCAACUGCCACCCGAUUUCCACAUGCUCGGCACCCACAGCCAGCCCAACACCAACCCUAACCCUAAUCUCCACGGCUGGAUCCUCGCCGGCAAAGACGCCUCGACCGCCGACGCACCAGCAGCAUUGAAGCCGCCGGUCGAUUAUACCCUAAUUUGGACCAGCUCCGACGCCGAAAUCGACCAACAAGAAGGAGGAAUCGCCUAUUUCUGGCUCCCGGUCCCGCCCGACGGCUACAGAUCCGUCGGCCACGUCAUCACCACCGCCUCCCCUGCCAAGCCCCCGCUCGACAAAAUCCGCUGCGUCAGAUCCGAUCUCACCGACCAAUGCCAGGCCGACGCGUGGCUCUGGGGCCCGACCGACGCCGGCGAUCCGGAUCUGACCGGAUUCAACGUUUUCAACCUCCGGCCUGGCAACGGAUCCGACGCCGCCGGCGUCCCCGUCGGCACAUUCGUCGCCCAAUCCUCCGGCCUUCCCGGAUAUCCAACUGUCGUCGCCUGCCUGAAGAAUCAGAAUUCCGUCAACGGGUCGGCAUCUUCGAUGCCGAAUCUAACGCAGGUGGAAGAACUAUUCAAAACAUACGCUCCCUGGAUUUCUCUCCAUCCCGACGAGGAAUUCCUCCCGUCCACCGUCGAUUGGUUUUUUGCAAACGGAUCGCUCCUAUACGAGAAAGGGAAAGAAUAUAACCCGACCCCGAUCGACCCGACUGGUUCGAACCUCCCGCAGGGAGGUUCGAACGAUGGGGUCUACUGGCUCGACCUGCCGGUCGAGUCAUCGGAUAAAGACAGGAUGAAAAGGGGACAGCUGGCAGGCGUGAAGGUGUAUUUACACGCGAAGCCCACAUUGGGGGCCACAUUUACGGACAUCGCCGUGUGGGUGUUCUACCCGUUCAACGGGCCGGGGAGGGCAAAAGUGGAAUUCAUCAAGAACGUGAAGCUCGGGAGGCUCGGGGAGCACGUGGGGGACUGGGAGCACGUGACGCUCCGGAUCAGCAACUUCAACGGGCUGCUCCAGAGCGUCUACUUCUCCCAGCACAGCGCCGGGUCGUGGGUCGGGUCGGCGGACCUGGAGUACCGGGGCGGGUCGCGGCCCGUGGCGUACUCGUCGCUCCACGGGCACGCGAUGUAUCCCCGCCCCGGGCUGGUGCUGCUGGGUGGCGGCGGGGGGAGCAUUGGGAUUCGUGACGACACGGCGGAGGGCGGGGCGGUGGUGGACACGGCGGCGGGGUUCGUGGUGGUGGCGGCGGAGUAUCUCGGGAAGGGCGCGGUGGUGGAGCCGAUGUGGCUGAAUUACAUGAGGGAGUGGGGCCCGAAGAUCGAUUAUGACGUGGACGAGGAGCUGGCGGAUGUGAGGAAGUUGCUGAUUGGGAGGAUGAGGGAUGAGUUUGAUAAGAUGGUGAGUGGAUUGCCCAAGGAGGUGCUUGGGGAGGAAGGGCCCACUGGGCCCAAAGUUAAGGCCAGCUGGGCUGGGGAUGAAGUUUAGUUUAAUUAAUUAAUUAUUAUUAUCAGCUAAGGGAAGCUGGUCAUUGUUUUAGGGACAUGCAUGAUUUUUAAUAGAUUUAAUUUGAUUGUUGUGUGUAAUUUGUAUGUUAGUGUGAGAUCAUACGAUUAAACUAAAUGUGAAUAGUCUAAAGAAUUGUAGCAACCAGUUGAGAGAUUGAGUGUGUCACACUCUUCCUAGAGUUGGUGAAGGAGGUAGAUAUAAAAUGGACUGGAUCAGAGCUAAGAGCAUCAUAAUCCAUGGUAUGAGUUAAGGC